AGAAACCCAAGAGGGAAACGAUUCCUGGAUGUCACAGUUGAACAACGGAGCGAUAAUGCUUGCAAUAACUUUAGUAAAGCUGAAAAUUUAUGCUCGCACGUCAUCGUUCGCUUAGCUGAGCAAACUAUGACCGUCUUGAUGAUAGAGAGCUAGGCACGAAGCAAGAUCGCCAUUGAGGUGUCAAUGAAUCAAAAUGAAAGAUGGUUAGUGUUGGUGAUAUAAAUACCAUGUUUCCCCACGCUCUACCUCCUUAUAUAUAAAGACAGACAAACCCCUAGGAUUGAGUCUAUAUUCCGUGAUCAUUCUCUGUUGAUUUGGUGGAUACGUGGAACCCAGUGGAAUUGCAUCAACACGGCGCAUGAUCCUGCAACCAGGUCAAGAGCCUUGAACAAAUCCGACUUCAGCAUAAAUACUCACAACGUCGACAACCCUGUCAACCUAGACAGCACAGUUUUCCCCUCAAGGGCACGUAAAACCAUGGGCAACACAAACAUCGAGAACAAGGCAGCCUCCGGGGUUCCUUACUUCACCCCGGCCCAGGAGCCACCGGCCGGAACCCCGCUCAAGACCGAUUCGGCCCCGACGCUGUUCAAGCCUCUCCGCACUCGUGGCGUUGAGCUGCAGAACCGCUUUGUCGUUUCUCCUAUGUGUACUUACUCCGCCAAGGAUGGCUAUCUAACAGAUUUUCACCUUGUUCACCUUGGCCAGUUCGCUCUUCAAGGUGCUGGCCUCGUCUUUGUUGAGGCCACCGCCGUUGAACCUCGUGGUCGGAUCAGUCCUGAGGACUCUGGUCUUUGGGAGGAUAGUCAAAUUGUUCCUCUGAAGCGUAUCACAGACUUCAUCCAUAGCCAAAAUACCAAGGCUGCCAUCCAACUCGCUCAUGCUGGCAGAAAAGCGAGCACAGUUGCGCCUUGGAUCGGCGGUACUGUAAACAAAGCACUUGCUACCAAAGAAGUCGGCGGCUGGCCAGAUGAUAUUGUCGCCCCCAGUGCUCUCCCGUUCGCUGAAGACUUUGGUACACCUCACGAGCUGACGACUGAGGAGAUCAAGCAUCUUGUGCAAAAAUGGCAGGAUUCUGCUAUAAGAGCCGUCAAGGCUGGCUUUGAUGUCAUUGAGAUUCACGCGGCUCACGGCUACCUCUUGCACCAGUUUCUCUCGCCUCUCUCCAACAAACGAACAGACCAGUACGGAGGUAGCUUUGAGAACCGUACCCGUCUCCUCUUCGAGAUCAUUGAAGCUAUUCGGGCUGUUGUUCCUGAGGAGAUGCCCGUCUGGGUGCGGAUCUCUGCUACCGAGUGGAUGGAAUGGAAUAACGAGCCUUCCUGGGAUCUCGAGAGCAGUAUUCAGCUCGCAAAACAGCUUCCUGCCGCAGGAGUUGACGUUCUCGACAUCAGCAGCGGAGGCAACUUGAAGGCGCAAAAGAUCAAGGUCCAUCAAACCGUCCAGACCGACCUGGCAGGCAAGAUCCGCGAUGCCGUCCGUGCUGAUGGAAAAGAGCUUCUGAUUGGAACUGUUGGUUAUAUUACAGAUGGUCCUUUUGCUCGUUCACUCGUCCAGGAGAAUGAGGAUCCCAAGGCUGAUCUUGUGCUUGCUGCAAGACAGUUCCUCAGAGAGCCCGACUUUGUUCUCAGUGCUGCUCAUCAGCUGGACGUUGAUGUCAAGUGGCCGAUUCAGUAUCACCGUGCACCACCUAAACCUCGAGGACCUCACAGCAAGUAGAAAAGGAGGAGACAGAUAUAAUGAUACACGGAGCACUGAGCACUGAGCACUGUCAAGCCAUAGAAAGAUAGCAUUGAAUCCAACAUGAUUACGACUUUGAAAGCUGGGGACCUCGGUCGAACUUUUCUUGACUUGGAACUGAAAUCCUAUAUCAGCGGUAUCCACGCAUUGGCUGAUUAUCACCGCCACCUCAGAAGCUGAUAAUUCUGUAUUUAAUAAAGUUGGGUAGGAGUAUUAUCCGGUAUGUGACGGCGGAAGUAUUAUGGUGGGGCCGUAAACUGACCGUCCCGUGGGGCCGAUGAGCUGAGUAAAGCGGGAUCAUGUUUCGCCUCAUUCCUGUGACACGUCCUUGUUUCUCAUGGGGAUCACACAUUGCCGCUUGUCGAUGUUUGACUCAACUACAUACAGAUAGGCUGACUAGCUGGACUUAGCAUUGGUGGAUUCAUUUUACGGAGCAUUUGGUGGAUUUAGAAGGUGAAUGGCAGGGCAUGAAUGAGGUCCAGGAGUUCCUAAGAACUUAGAAUGUUAUGACCGUUGGGAUUGGUCAGAGGACAAAAGAAGGCU